CUCCUCCCGGCUUCUUAGCAGACCAGAGUGCGCCUGCGCGGGACGGCGGCCAUUUUAGAAGCCGGAAGCGGGAGUACUGAGGCCUAGCACAGCCUAGAAACACAAUGUCUCGAAGAUAUGAUUCCCGAACUACCAUUUUUUCCCCAGAAGGGCGCCUGUAUCAGGUUGAAUAUGCCAUGGAAGCUAUUGGCCAUGCAGGCACCUGCCUUGGAAUCCUAGCAAAUGAUGGUGUGUUAUUGGCAGCAGAAAGGCGCAACAUCCACAAACUCCUGGAUGAGGUCUUUUUUUCAGAGAAAAUAUACAAGCUCAAUGAGGAUAUGGCUUGCAGUGUGGCUGGAAUAACGUCAGAUGCCAAUGUGUUAACAAAUGAACUGAGGCUAAUUGCACAGAGGUAUUUACUGCAAUACCAAGAGCCAAUCCCUUGUGAGCAAUUGGUAACAGCCCUGUGUGAUAUCAAGCAAGCUUACACCCAAUUUGGGGGAAAACGUCCUUUUGGUGUUUCAUUGUUAUACAUUGGCUGGGACAAGCAUUAUGGGUUCCAGCUGUAUCAGAGUGAUCCUAGUGGAAAUUAUGGUGGAUGGAAAGCCACUUGCAUUGGAAACAAUAGUGCUGUAAGUUGCUCAUCACUUACGUUUGCCUUUUUCCAUAUUGUUGAAAAUAACAUUUUUGUAAGGAAGUAUACAGGAACUCCACAUUCUUGCACAAUCCUACAUCAAAAUGGAGGUGUCAGCAUUUACCUUCUUUCACAGGCAGCUGUGUCAAUGUUAAAGCAAGACUACAAAGAGGGAGAAAUGACCUUAAAAUCUGCACUGGCCUUAGCUAUCAAAGUUCUGAAUAAAACCAUGGAUGUCAGUAAACUGUCUGCAGAGAAAGUUGAGAUUGCAACUCUAACAAGGGAGAAUGGAAAGACAAUAAUAAGAGUUUUGAAGCAAAAAGAAGUGGAAGUGUUGAUAAAGCAGCAUGAAGAGGAAGAGGCCAAAGCAGAGCGCGAAAAGAAAGAAAAAGAGCAAAAAGAGAAAGAUAAAUGAAUCAAGCACCUUGACAGAGGUGGAGGGCCAUUUCAAUAAACUAGUACUGACCUUAGUGGUGAAGUCAGGGAGCCAUGAAUCUUGUUUAUUGAAUCCGUUCCUUUGCACUGUUGCAAACUGUAAGUUUUUUUCAGAGUGAAUUAUAAUAUCUCAGUUCUUUUCGUCUUUAUUUCUUUUUUAUUGCAUAAUAAAGCUUUGAAAUGGU